AUGUAAUCUUACGAGAAAGCAUUAUUUAAUGUACAAGUGAUAAGAAAACACUUCUUCAAAGAUAGGGUUUACUAAUUAUAUUUAUUUGCUGAUGAAUUAGUGAUGACUGAUGUAACUUGAUCAUUAAAUUAGGAUCCGACUAAAAAUCCAAAAUACAUAUUGAAAACAAAUUUAACAACUACAAUAAAGUGGAUAUGCGAAAAUAAAAGGAUAGUGGCUUUUGAAUUUUCUUAUAACGGAAGACCAAAAGAAGUCUAUGGACCCAAAUUGAAUCUUCUUAAGGAGAUGCUAGCUGGAAAAGUAUUUUUCAGUCCUGUGUCUGCAUUUUACUAAUUCCAUAUGGAAAUAGGUAGUGGAAUGACAGGAUCAGUUUAUAGGUGUAUUUCGACAGAAAACAAUGAAAACUAUUUUGCAAUAAAGAAAGUAGACAAGAUGAAAAUUACCUAAAAUGAUGGAGCAAUAGUAUUUAUUCAAUAAAUUAUAGCCUCAACUAAUACAUGAGCUCAGUUUAUUGAACUAAUUAUAGCAUCCAAGUAUUGUAAAAUUGAAAGAAACAUAUGUUGAUGAACAAAACUAUUAUAUAGUAAUGGAAUACAUAAAUGGGAAGACUUUAUAUGCAGAAUUAUAGAGUAGACAUUAUGGACUCUCAGUUAAUGAAACGAUUAAGAUAAUGAAAGUAUAGUUUGAAUUGAAUUUUAGGAAUUGUUGUAGGCAAUAAUAUAUAUUCACAACAAGGGAAUAAUGCAUAGAGAUAUUAACCCUUUGAAUAUUAUGAAAGCUGAAACUGUAAAGUUGAUUGAUUUUGGAUUGGCACGAAAGAUAAGGAAUUAGUUAAUAUUUCCAACUUCAGGAACUCCAGGAUAUAUGGCUCCUGAAAUUAUAAAUUUCAAUAAAGACAAACUAUAUGACGAGAAGGCAGAUAUAUUUAGUCUUGGUUGUGUUUUGUAUAAAUUGUAUGUAUUACCAAUUAAAUAAAGGUUGACAGGAGAGAACCUAUUUACUACUAAACAGGGUAAAUAGACUAUAUAUUAAUCUAAUAAAGAAGGAGUUUUUGAAUUGAAAAAAUAAUAGUAACAUCCUGAAUGUAAUUCAAAUAAAAUGGAUUAAUUAUUUGUAUAAAAUAUGAAUAUAAAUAGAUUUUACUACCUCAUAUGUUGGAAACUAAUCCAUUGUUGAGAUUAAAUGCAAAAGUUUGUCUGACAAUUCUUGAAGAGAUUGAAAACAACAAUCUUUAAAUUGAAAGAUUAAUUAAAAAAAUCUUGAUUAGAAAAUAAUUAGCCUUUAAUACAUCAGAAGAAUAAUAGUUAGAUAAAAAGAGUGAAGAGAAAUUGUAAAAAUGUAAGUUUAGACAAUCAAUCGAUGUCUAAUCAAAAAAGAGCUUGGAUGAAAUUUCUGUGUUUUCUAAAAAUGUCAUGUUACAAAAUUAAUAAAGGGUUAUACUUGCUUAGAAGAAAUAGCCUUGA